CACGUUCACGUUCACGUUCACGUUCACGUGCGCGGCGCCGAGCGGAGCGGAGUGAGACCUAGUGACGAUGGCGGGGCCGCAGCCCCUGGCGCUGCAGCUGGAACAGCUGUUGAACCCGCGACCACGGGAGGCGGAUCCCGAGGCCGACCCCGAGGAGGCCACUGCUGCCAGAGUGAUUGACAGGUUUGACGAAGGGCAAGAUGAGGAAGUUGACUUCCUGGCUGUGGGUAGCAUUAGAAAGCUGGCAUCAGCCUCCCUCCUGGACACAGACAAAAGGUAUUCUGGCAAGACGACCUCUAGAAAAGCUUGGAAGGAAGACCAGUGGGAGCAUCCUCUGUCAGGUUCAUCUGAUAAGGAAAUAUCUGAUGAGGAAGAGUCUGGAGAUGGCGAUUCAGAGGGGCUGGGUCUGGAGGAAUCUGAUGAGGAUGCCAUGAGUGCUGCUGAGGAGCAGGAGUGUGAGGACGAUGGGGACAGGAGGAAGGGGAGCAGAAGCCGCUCUGGGAAAACGCCUGGCUUCAGUGUCCAGCACAUCAGUGACUUUGAAAAAUUUACUGAGGGAAUGGAUGACCUUGGUAGCAGUGAUGAGGAAGACGAGGAAGAGGAGAGUGGUGUGGAGGAAGGGGAUGGCGAAGACGACUUAGAGGGUGCCAGUGAGGAGGACGGGGCUGAAGGCAGGAACCGUGAAGGUGAUGGUGUGAUGACCUUCUCCAGUGUCAGAGUUUCCGAGGAAGUAGAGAAAGGCAGAGCUGUGAAGAACCAGAUAGCACUGUGGGACCAGCUCUUGGAAGGAAGGAUCAAACUACAAAAAGCUCUGUUGACUACCAAUCAGCUUCCUCAACCGGAUGUUUUCCCUAUUUUCAAGGACAAAGGUGGCCCAGAAUUUGCCAGCGCCCUAAAAAAUAGUCACAAGGCGCUUAAAGCAUUGUUGAGGUCAUUGGUAGAUCUUCAAGAAGAGCUGCUCUUCCAGUACCCAGACACUAGACACCUAGUAGAUGGAACAAAGCCCAAAGCAGAAAGUGAGGAGAUUUCCAGUGAAGAUGAAGAGCUAGUAGAAGAGAAGAAGACACAGAGAAGGGCCCCACCAAAGAGGAAGCUGGAGAUGGGCGACUAUCCUGGCUUCAUGGCAAAACGCUUUGCUGACUUCACAGUCUACAGGAACCGCACGCUUCAGAAGUGGCACGAUAAAACCAAGCUGGCUUCCGGAAAGCUGGGGAAGGGUUUUGGUGCCUUUGAACGCUCAAUCUUGACUCAGAUCGAUCAUAUUCUAAUGGACAAAGAAAGAUUACUUCGAAGGACACAGACCAAGCGCUCUGUCUACAAAGUUCUUGGCAAGCCCGAGCCAGCAGCGCAGCCUGUCCCAGAGAGUUUGCCAGGACAGCCGGAGGUCCUUCCUGAAGCCCCUGCCAAUGCCCACCUGAAGGACUUGGAUGAAGAAAUCUUUGAUGAUGAUGACUUUUACCACCAGCUCCUUCGAGAACUCAUAGAACGGAAGACCAGCUCAUUGGAUCCCAAUGAUCAGGUGGCCAUGGGAAGGCAGUGGCUUGCAAUCCAGAAGUUACGAAGCAAAAUCCACAAGAAAGUAGAUAGAAAAGCCAGCAAAGGAAGGAAACUUAGGUUUCAUGUCCUUAGCAAGCUACUAAGCUUCAUGGCACCUAUUGACCAUACUACAAUGAAUGAUGACGCCAGGACAGAGUUGUAUCGAUCUCUUUUUGGCCAACUCAACCCUCCUGACGAAGGCCACCGGGAUUGACAGCGCCCGUCUCUCCUUCUGCAAGGCCAUGAGGCAGGGUCUCCAAGGCGGCUCCUUGGCCGUGUUGGCUGCUCAUCUAGCUCCAAGUGGAGGAGCCUAUUGGCCUGUGGGGCUGAGCGAGUCAGGAAAUCCCUGGGAAGGCGUGCUGCUCACAACACAGGCCUAACAAGUCCCAGGACGCCUGGAAUCAUGUGCCUCUGUCUCCAGUGCUUCGUGUGCAAAGGGCCCCUCCCCCAUGUCCUUGAGCCACCACAAAUAAAGAACCUUGUUACUGCCA